CAAGCAACGGAACAAAUUGCUGCAACUUUCGCCGCCGCGACAGUUGUGGUCAUUCGCUUUCCACCAAAGUGCGCUGUCCUGUCGAGAUGAGCUCUUAUCAGUUCGUCAAUUCCCUCGCGUCCUGCUACGCCGGACAGCAGCCCCAGCAACCCCCGAGACCGACUCCAAACUCACCGGGCGAACCGAUGCAGGCCGCUUCGCCGGCGGGUGGCGAUUACUAUAACCCGAAUGCCGCCGCGACGAGCUACCCACCCACGUGCUACUCUCCUCAGCAGCACUACCCCCAGCAUCCGUACGCCACCCCGGCCGCAGCGAUGCAGCAUCCCGCUCCAACGGGGAUGAUAGACUACACGCAGCUCCAGCCGCAGCCGCGGCUGAACGCGACCGCGACUUCUCAGCAGCAGCAUAUGCACCCCCAACAGCAGCCCCACCACCCCCAACAGCAACACCAUCCUCAACAGCAGCAGCUCCAUCCGGAUCCGACGUCCCCGCUACUCCAGGGUGCUCCAGCCCCCGCCGCACCCUCGGCGGCGAGCUGCAAGUACGCGGACUCGACCUCCUCGACGAGCGUUGCGUCCCCCCAGGACUUGAGCACCUCCACCUCGCGGAACAGCCCCGCACCCCUGGUUGCCCCCGGAACCAGCAAGACCUCGGGCCUCACCUCACCCCCGGGAAGUUCCUCGAGGUCGUCGGUCGCCGCCUCAGCGGCCUCACCUCCUGGGGGCAGUUCAAGGGGCGUCGGGGGCGAGGGAACCUCCACGUUGACCACAGCCUCGUCGGCCUCCUCGCCGGCUUCCUCGACAUCCAGCACGUCCAGCACCGGCAACAACUCGUCGAACAAGGGAAAUACCAGUGGUGGUAAUCCACCCCAAAUCUACCCGUGGAUGAAACGGGUUCACAUUGGACAGAGCACGGUGAACGCAAACGGUGAAACGAAACGACAGAGGACCUCAUACACGAGGUAUCAGACCUUGGAGCUCGAGAAGGAGUUCCACUUCAAUCGGUAUCUGACGAGGAGACGACGUAUCGAGAUCGCGCAUGCGCUCUGCCUAACGGAGAGGCAGAUAAAGAUCUGGUUUCAAAACCGAAGAAUGAAGUGGAAGAAGGAGCACAAAAUGGCGAGCAUGAACAUAGUGCCGUACCACAUGUCGCCCUAUGGACACCCUUACCAGUUCGCCCCGCACCCGGGACAGUUCGCCCAUUUGGCCACAUAGGACGAAUUCUCGCCCGCCGAGCUUGGAGCACACGCGGUCCGGUUCCCCGGGAUGUACGGCGAGCAGAACUUUUAGAGCUUUUCCAAGACUUCGAGAAACGCGAGGUCCGCUCGUCCCCUCGUCGCAGGUAGCUUUUAAAGUUCGCUGUGGGGUGGAGGGGCGGAAUCCCGCGUCUCUACGUGCGAUUUCCGCGCGUCUCAUUACGCGGGUGUGCUUCGAAAAAUUUGAUGCCCCGUUUAAUGGGCCGCGUGGUUAUUUGCCGAUGGAAAAAUUAGCCAAAAAUUCUGCCUAAAAAUUAACAAACAGAAAGAAAACAACAACAACAACAUGUUGAUGACGCCGUUAUUUCCGGUUGAUAA